UCGAGUGCUCCCGGUGAGGAGGAGGUGUCCUCGGCUGUGCCGCCCUCCGCCGCCGUCGCCGGGCUGCGCCGCUAGAGCCGGGACGCGCCUCUGCGCUCCUCGCCGCCUGCACCCCCGCGGCCGCCGCUCCCCUCGCCGUCCGCACACCCACCAUGACGAAGAAUGAGAAGAAGUCCUUCAACCAGAGCCUGGCCGAGUGGAAGCUCUUCAUCUACAACCGGACCACCGGAGAGUUCCUGGGGCGCACCGCCAAGAGCUGGGGUUUGAUCUUGCUCUUCUACCUAGUUUUUUAUGGGUUCUUGGCUGCACUCUUCUCAUUCACAAUGUGGGUUAUGCUUCAGACUCUGAACGAUGAGGUUCCAAAAUAUCGUGACCAGAUUCCUAGUCCAGGACUUAUGGUUUUCCCCAAACCAGUGACUGCGUUGGAUUAUACAUUUAGUGUAUCAGAUCCAAGUUCCUAUGAAGGGUAGGUUAAAGACCUUAAGAAGUUUCUAAAAUCAUAUUCUGGAGAAGAACAGAGUAAUCUCAAAGUCUGUCCUGAUGGAGUUCCUUUUGAACCAAAGGGUCCAGUUUAUACUGCAUGUCAGUUUCCUCUUGCCUUACUCCAAGAAUGCAAUGGUAUAGAUGAUCCUGAUUUUGACUAUUCCAAAGGAAAACCUUGUAUUCUUGUAAAAAUGAACAGAAUAAUUGGAUUAAAACCUGAAGGAGAUCCAAGGAUAGAAUGUGUUCCAAAGGAUGGAAGCACAGCAAUUGUAGAAACAUAUCCUAAUCUUGGAGUUAUAGACUUAAAGUAUUUUCCAUAUUAUGGGAAAAAACUGCAUGUGGGAUAUCUGCAGCCAUUAGUUGCUGUCCAGGUCAUCUUGGGAUCUAAUAGUACCAGGAAUGAAGUAACAGUUGAGUGCAAAAUUGAUGGAUCACCCAACCUAAAAAACCAGAAUGAUCGUGACAAGUUUUUGGGACGAGUUGUGUUCAAAAUUAUAGCACUUGCAUAGUAUGUGUAGGAUGUCUCUACAGAAUAAAUGUUGUGUUGUCUGUCUUCAUUUUGCAUCAGCUGGACUUGCCAUUCUAGAAUUGAGACCACCUUGGAGAAGGUGUGUGGUACAUGACACUGGGGUGACAUCAUAACGUGCUUCCAGAUCAUAGUGUUCAGUGUCCUCUGAAGUAACUGCCUGUUGCCUCUGCUGCCCUUUGAACCAGUCCAUUCGCCUGAUAGGGACCAGUGAACACCUGAUUCUGAACACGUAGGAUGGGGUCUUGCCCUCUUUUUAUGUGGUUUAAUUGCCAAGUGUCUAAAGCUUAAUGUGCUGUGCUAUGUAAAUAUUUUAUGGAUUUAACACUGGUUAACUGUCAUAUUUUGAUGCCAACAAAGUUUUAGGGAUAAAAUGGUACCUGGCCAACAUCAAGUGACUUUAUAGCUGCAAGCAGUGUGUGUGGAGAAGUUCUGUAUGUGAGGAGGAAAAAAAGAAAAUAAAAGUGGAUCUAAAAGUG